GCCUUCCUUUGGAUGGCGGUAGCGCCACUAGAUGUGGUAGUUUCGGAGCGUGAACUUAAACCAGUUUGACCUGUCAGACCGGAAGCUUCCACGGCCAGAGUCGCGACUUCCGGAAAAAGGAAAAGGUGGUGUUAGUAGUGAAGCACCCCGUACAUAAAGAAAAAAAUGUUUAGUUGCUGAACUUGUCGCUAGAUGGAGGUAGUAGUUGUUGGGCGACGUGUUUUUGUGACGUAACGUAUGGAUCUUGACAAAAAAUGGAGGACGUUAGUAGGCGGGCGCAUGAUUGUCAAUAUUCCAAAUAUGUCGCAGAAAAUUAAAAUAAAAUGACUUUUAUCCAAAAACACUUUAUUUUAGCAUUUUCCCGUUUUUACACUGACUUUGUUACUUAAUGGUUCACUUUAAACAAUUCAUUAGUUAUCGCAAUUACGAAAUCAUAAAAUGUAAAUAGUGUAGUCAAAAUGGAGUACCAUGAUACUAACCUUUCAGGCGGGGAGACGUAAAUUGUUAUUAAUAAACAUUUAUACGUAGUCGUUGACGCGAAUUACAGAGCGAAAUAUUUACGUUUAUCAGAUUUUACAAUAAAAAAGUUAAAUAAUAUCGAGUGUAAGAGUAAUUUGUUGUAUGAUGUAGAAGUGUGUUUUUCCCAACUGUAAUGGCUUCGUCUGGGGGCAGUCAUACGCAAAAUUACGUAAAAGUGCCCUGAAACACUCCAAAAUUCGGGCACCCAUUCAAUUUUACCUAAAAAAUGUAAAAGUUUGACAACUUUUCGAGAAGCAUCCUAACAACUUCGAAAUGGAAGAUGAUUUAAACAAAGAAUCAAACACGUCAGACAUGCCAGUACCGCUGAAGAACGUUGAGGUGAACGUAUCCGAGGAACCGAAGCUAGAAAGUGACGAAGACGCCAUUAGUAAACCGUUGAAAGUGAAUGGCGAUACGAAACUCGAAAACUCAGACGCAAGCGAGAGCUCCGACUACGAUAAUUUGGUAAUCGACGAAAGGCCGCUGUACAGUCGUAAACGUAAGAUCCCAUUGUCGCCCGAGGGCGGUUUCAAGGGGUUCAAGCGGAUUAAAAGCGAAACCGACGACGAGUACGAGCCACCCACCAAUCCGUACUUUAACGAGUCGCUCUUUGAGCUGUCCGAGUUACAUAAUAAUAAGGAUUUGGAUAAAAAUUCGGUGCAAGGCGAUAAAGGGGAUGUGAAUGAGUUUCAGGUCGAAGAAACGAGAAAUAACGUGGCAAUACUGUCGACGGCGCACCUGAGGAAGGGUUUUAAGAAAAAAAAGCUCGGAAGUCCGAAGUUGCGCGAGUACGCGCAAUAUUUAGGGUUGCAACCGACCGUGCAAUUUAAGUGCUCGAGGUGUACGCUUAAAGGGUUCGCGUCGCUCGCCUUGUUAAACGAACAUCAAGUGGAGUGUACGGGCGAAGGCCCAAUUUUAUCGCCGACUGCGACGACCACAACAGCCCCAUCCACGAACUUUCGCGUGACGCGUAAGGUUUAUUUGUGUUCUGCGUGCGGGACGUAUUACGAAAACUGGAAUCUCUUUUUGCACAUGCGCGAGAUACAUAAACGAUUUAUAUGCUUAUAUUGCCUAGGUAUGUUUUCACAAUCGGAAAAACUAUCAUUACAUUUAGUUACGAAACAUAAUUGUGUGCCAAGUCAAUUGAAUACGGAGGAAGACUUCUUUCACGUGUACAAAGAACCGUGCUAUUUAAUGUGUUGCGAAUGUGAGAAGGUGUUUAGCGAGCAGGACAAUUUUUUCGGUCACGUCUGUUGUAUUAAAACGAAGGCGCUUAAUGAAAGCAAACUUAAAAACAACACAAACAAAAUCAGACAACCUCAAAAUCAGAAACAACCAAACGCGAAUCCGAAACAAACCAAAAACAAGAACUUCAUCGAGCACGUAACCGGUGACACUAUGGAAGAACAAGGCGACACGGAAACGAACGAAAAGCAGCCAGAACUCGAUGAACCUGCCCCAACAGUCGAGCCAACCGAAUGUCCCGAGACUGAACCAGAUGAAAUGGAUCAAGUUACACCUGACAAUUUAGACACCAUGGAAACCAUAAAAAAAUCUGAAGAUGUCAAACUGUCAGAAGAGGAAGAAAUGUCUGCUGAAAAGUUGUCUGAUAGUGAAAGAAAGGAAUCCGAAUCUGAAAUGGACGACACGCCAGAAUCGCCUAAAUACGACUCACCGUCUCCCCAAAACCCCAAGGAGGAGGAGGAGACCGUUUUAGAUGACAAAAUGUCGGACGUCGAACAGGAGGAUACGCGCAAAGUUCCAAAGGUAACAUUAAACCUGCGCCAAGUGCAGCAGUAUUUAGACAAAGAAGAAAGCGACGACAGCGAUAAACUGAUGAUGGAACUUGAGCCCGUCGACGAACCCGUCGAUGAUCCGGUAAACGUAAGCGACGAAAAAGAAAACAAGGAUCCGUUGGUGAAUGCCGAACCGGCACUGACCAUUGCUGGUUCGGAAGUGCCAAUCGUCGAGUUGCAGUUAGAGCAUCCGCUCGACAAGUUCGACAUACAGAUCCUGCUGCAAAAGUGUCUACGCGAGACGAUUCCCGUGUGCGUUUACUGUAAUCACGCUCGAAAGAUCGCGGUGAACGGUAAGCAACUCGGUCUGCACGCGAUCGCCGAGCAUAGGUUCUCGGCUAUCGUGAACAGUAUAACCGCGGAGGAGUUGAUUCCCGAGAGUUUUGUGAUGCGUAUCAAGGAGAGCCUGCCGGAUCUCCAGAAACUUUAUUUUAAUUUGGAAUCGGUCUCGCCCGAGGAGGGAUUGACUUUUUCGCACGUUUACGAAUGCUUUCAGUGCCGGUACGCGACGUCCGUACACAAGGAACUUUACUUGCAUAAUCGAAAAAUGCACGCGAAGACGAUACUUUUGUGUAUUAUGUGCAAGUCGAACUUUUAUAGCUAUAGCGAACUUAUUUGCCAUUUGUGUCCCGGAGUUUACGAACUAAAUAAUGACAUCACAUUUCGUUGUUGCAUGUGCGUUUGCGAUGACUUGCCGUCAGCAUUUAGGUUGAUGGUACAUCUUCGAAAACGGCAUCAUGCGUGCGAUGUAUGCUUAGAAUUGUGCCAUAAUCAAUCAAAGCUUUCAAAUCAUGUGUGGAAGCACAAGUUACAUCAUCUCUGCUAUCGUUGCGGAAUCGCCUAUCGUAACAAGCCCGACAUUACGAAGCACCUAUUUUGGAAACACGGCACCGAAAGUGUACUAUGUAAAAAAUGCCUGCAAAAGAAGUGGCCUCACAUUUAUCACUUUUGUAUUCCUCCCAGUUCCUUCACGUGCGAAGAGUGUAAUUUAAACUUCACGAAAGCGGUCGCGUUAAAAGUCCAUAAGAGAUUGCACCGGGAGGAGACUCCCCACCAGUGCUCGUUUGAAAAUUGCAAGGAAAAGUUUGUAUCGAAAAAGCUGUUGCUCAAGCACGAGUUCAAACAUCGCGAACCGCCUGAGGAAAUCAAAGAAACUCAGCCCGGCGAUAGCUUUGAGGCGCAAGAAACGCAGGCGGUUACAAACCAUUCCGACGACGAUCAAACGGCGCCUAUCAAGGACGAAAAUUCGACAGAAGACGCCGAAAAGAAAACCAAACCGAUAGUCGACGUGUACGAUUUGCCCGAACUCAAUCUCUCGGAAAGCGACAGCGAUUCGGACGAGGAAGCUCCGAAGUUGUCGAACGACGCGGAAAGCUUAACGAACGAGAAUCCGGAUGUCGAAAAUCCAAAAACCGAGCGUGUCGGCGAUGAAACCGCAUUACCCGACACGAUACCGGUGUUGGAAAAUAUAUGGGACGAUUUCAAGUUGUAUCAGGCGAGUAAAGAGAAAAUUGAAGGCGGUAAUGAGCCCGAAGAGGAAAUUGAAAAGACUGAAAAUGAAUUGCCCGAAAGUACGGAGGAGGCACAGCCUGUUAUGGCGCAGCAAGAUAUUGUUAAUAUUGUUAUGAUGGAUCACGAUUACAGUUUGUUAAGCCAGGAAUAUAAGAUGGAGUCGAAACCAAUAGUCGAGAGAUCACAAAGUAUGGAUCACGAUUAUUGCUCUUCGAACAAUCAGUCAGAUCAGCCGCAUGAAGACACUGUUCAGGAAAAUCCAAAAUCGAUUGUUUCGCCUCGGCCUCCUGAGAAGAAAGACAAAAAACCGAGUUCGAGUAGUGGAUCAAGUGAUAGUGACUCGUCUAGUUGUACUUGUGGGUCGAACUGUUCGUGCAGCAGUUCUGGCAGUUCAAGUUCUAGCUCGAAUAGUUCAGAUUCGGAUAGCUCCAGCUCAGAGGGCAGGAGGAAACAGCAGGCGCGUCGAGAACGUCGAAAGCAACGUGCUAAAAGUAAGAAGGAAAGCGAAACGUCCGCAGUUGAUGUUGUCGCAACAGACAAUCAGCUACCGCCACCAUCCGAGCAGCACAUCGAAGAAUCGGACUUGGACACCACCGAAACAGAAACCGACGAGGAUUUUUAUGAUAAGCAACCCCAAAAGCUCGCCAACAAGCUCAUAGCGGAAAAGCGUAAGGAGCUAAUGUUACUAGCGGAAAUGGGCUCGCUUACAAACGGCGCGGUUUUAGAAUCUAGCCGGCCCUCUACUCCGAGCUUGCCCGAAACUGAAGCGUUGAAAUUGAAGAAAAAAUCCAAAAGCAAAAAGAAAAAAAAGAAAAAGCGACAGAAACCCCCUCCUCCUUUAGACAUCGUCCCCAAUUACCAAUGUCAGCCUCCCAUAGUCUCCCCACUAACAAUUUCCCUGCCGAAAAACUCUCCGUUUACAACCUCCCCGUGCCCCACUCCGCAAUUUCUCACCAGUCACGUUACGACCGAUGAACUGGGGGAAGCUGCAAAUAUGUCGGACGCCAGCUUGAGAGCCUCAAAACGGCGGCGAAUACCGAACAAAUUUUACGGUUACUCGAGCGACGAAGAGCAGGACAAGCACCAGCCUCCUGUGUUUAAAUGGCGGAAAAUGGAUCUUCCGUCGCCCGCACGUUCGACGCCGCACUCGCCGCUGGUCGUCCCACCGAUCACCAUAAAAACCCUACCGCCGCCCCCGCCAGAGGAACCUCCGCCUCACCGUCUGAGCGAUCUACGAAUGCCACAAGCUGGAUUUGUGCCAACGAACUUCAACGCGCAGCCGCAAGAGGACAGCGGCAGCGAAUCGAACGAGAGUAGCUCCGAGGACGAGCCGCCGCAACCGCCGCCACUGCUCAACAAGCCGCCGAACCAGCCGCCGCUCUACUGCUACUGUCGUUGUCCGUACGACGAGGUCUCCGAGAUGAUCGGGUGCGAUGCCGACGACUGCAUGAUCGAGUGGUUCCACUUCGAGUGCGUUGGUAUCAUGGUUCCUCCCAAAGGUCAGUGGUUCUGUCCUGAUUGUCGCAAGAAAAAGCAGCAGAGGAAAGAUCUGGCACUAACGUAAGAUAUUAAUCGCAAAAUUCCUUAUUGAUAGAUUUUUAAAUUAAGAAUUGUAAUAUUUUUUGCGCGUAGUUUUAAUUUAAGUUACUUUCAACUAUUCAUUGUGACAAAAUAUGCGUUGUAUAGUGUAAAUACAUACUAUAAAUAAAGUAAUUUGUGAUUUAUUAACUUAGAUUUGUAAUUAUUAAUAAGUAGCCUGUUUUAUAAAGUUUAAUUUCAUUAUACCUACGAUUAGCGUUAGAAACAUACUUGUUUAGUAAAAACAUUCUUGUCAUAUUCACAUGUACGACUUAAUUUAAUUGUAAAUAUAUUUUUAAAUAUGA